AUGGAUACUAAAACAGAGGACGUUAAAUUCUGGAUAGAUAAAAUGAUGUCAGAAAAAGGCAUCACUAAAUAUAUAAUAGAUAUCUCGGGAACGUCCUCCAAAGGUGACGGUUAUCUCGGAGAAAUAAACUUUGUUAAAGUGCCUUGUGACACGAAAGAGGGAGAGAAAAGAGUGUUUGAUGUAGUUAUUAAGUCGGCCAAAACAAACGAUGAUUUGCGAAAGAACACUCCAAUUGUCGAAACAUACGAAAGGGAGAUUGCAAUGUAUAUGAAAGUAGCACCAGCAAUUAGAGAUUUUCAAAAUGAAUACGCCAUUGAAAAUACCUUUUCUCAUUUCGCCGAAUGCUUCACUACUUGCUUAUUACAUAAAAAGGAAGCAGUCCUGUUACAAAAUUUAAACAGUUUGGGAUUUUCUAUACAUGACAGAAAAGUGCCCCAAAACUUCGAACACAUAUCUUUCGUAUUUCGAACAUAUGCGCUUUGGCAUGGAUGCACAUUGGCUUUGAAAAUAAAGAAACCUGAAUUAUUUAAAAAUCUGACUGAAGGUAUGACUGAUUUAUACGGAAAGUUUAUUAAAAUGGCAGAUAUGCUUCCUUUGUGGCAACAAUAUUUUAAUAUAAUAAUAAAAAUUUUAAGAGAAAAAGGGGAAGACAAAGUGGCUGAUAAAAUUAUCGACAAAGCAGGCGAUAUUGAAACAAUUAUGACUAAAAUGACUUUAGAAUUUGAUAAAGAAGCCGAGCAGGAGGCAGAAAACGAUUUCUCAAAACCCGUUGAUGUGGUAUUAAUAGAUUUGCAGUUGGCAAGAGUAGCAUCUCCAGUCACUGAUUUAUCCUAUUAUCUCUAUUCUGUAGCAGAUAAAUCGUCACUCGAUAAGUUUGAUGUUCUAUUAUCAACGUACUAUGCCACUCUAUCUAAUUAUCUAAGCCAGUAUAAUAUAGAUUGUGAGCAUAUUGUGACCUUAAAACGACUUAGAGAAUCUUGGAAAAAGUAUGGACGGUUUGGUUUGUUGUGUGCACCGUUUAUUGUACGAGCCGAGUUAAGUGAAGACGAUGAAGUUAUAGAAUUUACAGAUAAAGCAGCAGAAAAAUCCGUAAACGAAAUUCGAUUGGACGAUAUUAAACGACAAGAUGAGUACAAUCAAAGAAUGGUGAAUGUUUUUAAACAUUUUUCUGAAGAGUUUUUAUAA